AUGGCUUCGGGCAAAAAUUCCAGUCUGCCGGUGAUCGACAAUCUAUCAUUUGGCAUCAUCGCUCAAGUACUACCCCUUCUUGGCAUAUUUGGUCAAGAACAGACAGGCUAUUUCCUCUCACAAGCCAUUGACUGGCCAGACUAUCUACUCUUUGCCAUCGGCCCUCUCGGUGUCAUAUGGGUCCUCACUGCAACGUUUCGGAUCCUGGGGACGCAGUUCAUGAAAAGCAAGUUCGGACGAGGAUCCGAGGAAAGUGCAUUGAUCGAGCGAGAAUUGAUGUCUUCGACAUCCUCUGGUACAUGCGAGCUAUGGAACGGCACUUCCGUCGACCGGCUGUCAACUCAAGCCCAGAUCCAGGAGUUCUGGAUCUAUGAGAGGCUCGGCCAAACAGAACCGAUCAUCGACACACCGAAGAAGAUGAAAAAUCCAUCAAAUGGGGAGAUCCUGUUCAAAUUUCACGGGUUGAUCCCCGAAAUCGACGACAGAUGCAUUGAAGAGAGCCCGGAAAUAAAACCUCCCAAUCUCCUCCUGAACCUCAGCUCCCACUCGAAACGGUCAAACUUUACAGCAGUCCUCUGCUUUGCCAUACCCUUCCAGCUCGGCUUUAUUGCCCUUGCCGCACUUAUGCGCUUCAAUAGCUACCUAAACGGUCACUUCCACGUUCAUACUUAUGCCUUCGGCCUUACGGUUGGUGGCACAACCGUAUUGUUCUUUGGCCUUCUUCUCUGCGCGUACGAGAUCAGCAAGACGACGGUUCGAGUAGCGUGGGAGCCGCUCAUUUCACGCACGCACAAUACCUAUGUGCUGUGGCUUCAGCGGGGUCUGAAGGACAAACCGGAAGUACUCUUCCUAUAUCAUUCUCAAAAAUGUCAAAGACAGCAUACUGGAGUCACAUUGGAGACCGUCAUUUCGGUUGCCCUGUUCGGGGGUACGGUAAUUAUGGCUAUUAUCCGAGUGGCACUUCGCCAGGUUCCUCGCCCGCUACGCGCAGUCCAGACGCACCAUGAACAUGAAAUGGACUGGUUGGCUCUCAUCAAUACCAUCAGCACCAGCCAUAUUGCAGACUUCGAGGGAAAUACAGUCCCCAGAUGGGCACUGGAUGGGGCGACCAAUUGGGAGAGGUGCAAAAUCAAGCCAGGAUCUAACGACACUUCCGGGGUGUCCGAGAGGGGUGAGCUUGUGGUGGAUAAACUUCGUUGGCGGAUUCCGGUCGAGAUCGAUGGAAGCGCGGAAAGUGUCGAGUUCUGCGUUGAGUUGUCGGAGGAGAGGUGGCAAACGGACCCAAUCCCUCUCACUUCCGCGUUAUCCCUCUGGCUCUUUCACGCAAAGCAAACUGAGAGGAUGCCCAGGGCAUGCGCCCAGCCGCGUAGUGUGUUCUGUCUCGGACCCAAGGUCGAUCCAGCCGACUAUGACAGACUCGGUGUUCUAAAAGAGAGACUACGCUACGUCAAGACUUUCAGCACUGGUGACAGGCAAAUCGCAAGGCAGCACAAGUUUGUGCUGUAUAAGCGGGAGGUGUCAAGGAACUUGAUUGCUGGGUUUCAGGCGAGCUUCUCCCCAGGCAGUCUUAACACCGCUUACAGCCAUAAUAUUCGCAGUCCAGAGCAGGAUGAAAUGGUCACUCUCUCGGUUGCAGUCGAUUUGAAGCACAAUGACGCCAUUGACCUCGGUUACAACCCAGCCAUUGUGAGUUUCAUGGAUAUCGCCACCCUCUAUGCCCUCCACAUCUUAACAGGAUUCACUUGGGUACUGGCGAAUCAAUAUAUUACCACCAGGAGUGCGGGCAGCCAGGAGGCAGGAAUAGUCGACAUGACAGUUGCUCCCAACCGACCCCCUGAGCUUGAGAGACUGGCCGAUUCCAUUUCGACCACAGGCCUUGCUGAUCGGCAGGAUUUUUUACGUGUGCUUCGAAUUGAAGAUCUGCACAAGCCCCAAUGGAAUUUGGACAAACAGAAGCCGAUGACCCAGGUGCUGGUCUCCGAGCUCGACACUUCGAUGUUACCCGGCGAGCAUGCAAGUGCCUAUCUCAACGAGGCCAACUUCAACACCCCGGAUUGGCAAUCAACCUUUAUUCCGCGAACUAUGACCGGCUCCGGUCUGUCAAGGUCAAAUUCGACCCGGCCCAAAUCUUCUAUGGCCCAACUGCAGCGGGAGGUGAGCGAUGGUGAGCGAUGGUGAGCGAUGGGUGAAGGAUGAGGAUGGCCGCUUGUACCAAUCUUUUCAAGAGCAGAGGUCAAGGCAACCAAUAGCAGAUUUAUCCCGUUGGAUAAGAACCACAUGCGUUUGUCCGGUUAUGG